CUGCCGGAGCUCAGGGGACGAGGAUCAGUUCUUUCGUCCUCGCACCCUGUUGACAGCGCGAGUUCUCCGCCUCGUCCGAGGAUCUCGGCUCCCUAGACUGGGGCUUUGGACCCAGCCAGUCGUCCAUUGCGUCUUUGGGACCCCCAGCAGGGCCCUUCCCACUAUUUGAAGAAUGGCCUCCACUUGGGAGAGACUGGGUUUUUAUGCCUCUCUUGUGACAAGGCAGCUAAAUGGUGUGCCAGCUAUCAUCUGGUGGGAAAGGAAAGUAAUUCGAAGAUGUGCCAGAAGUAUUUAUAGUACCACAGGGGAGUGGACAAAAGAGUAUGCACUGCAGACAAGAAAGGAUGUCGAGAACUGGUGGCAUCAACGAAUAAAAGAGCAGGCAUCCAGAGUUUCAGAAGCUGAUACAUCAAAGCCCAAGUUCUAUGUGCUCUCCAUGUUCCCAUACCCCUCUGGCAAGCUGCAUAUGGGCCAUGUACGUGUCUAUACCCUCAGUGACACCAUUGCACGGUUCCAGAAAAUGAGAGGCAUGCAGGUCAUCAACCCCAUGGGGUGGGAUGCAUUUGGGUUGCCUGCUGAAAAUGCUGCCAUUGAGAGGAAUUUGCAUCCAGAAAGUUGGACUCAAAGCAAUAUCAAACACAUGAGGAAGCAGCUUGACCGCUUGGGCUUAUGUUUCAGCUGGGACAGGGAAAUUACUACAUGUCUACCAGAUUACUACAAAUGGACCCAGUACCUCUUUAUCAAACUCUAUGAAGCUGGACUAGCCUAUCAAAAGGAGGCCUUGGUUAACUGGGACCCUGUGGAUCAGACAGUACUGGCCAAUGAGCAGGUGGAUGAGCAAGGCUGUUCGUGGCGCUCCGGUGCAAAGGUGGAGCAGAAGUACCUCAGACAGUGGUUCAUUAAGACAACUGCAUAUGCAAAGGCCAUGCAGGAUGCAUUAGCAGACCUUCCUGAGUGGUAUGGGAUAAAAGGCAUGCAGGCCCACUGGAUCGGGGACUGUGUGGGCUGCCAUCUGGACUUCAUAUUAAAGAUUGAUGGACAAGACACAGGAGAGAAACUGUCAGCAUACACGGCCACCCCAGAAGCCAUUUACGGCACCUCCCACGUGCUCAUCUCUCCCAGCCACAGACUCCUGCAUGGUUGCAGCUCUCUGAAAGAAGCCUUACAGAGGGCAUUGGUCCCUGGUAAAGAUUGCCUCACCCCCGUGACAGCAGUGAACAUGCUAACCCUGCGGGAAGUCCCUGUUGUCAUCAUGGCUAAGGCUGACUUGGAAGGCUCUCUGGAUGCAAAAAUAGGAAUCCCCAGCACCAGCUUGGAGGACACCAUGCUAGCCCAAAGCCUGGGCCUGCCCUACUCUGAAGUCAUUGAAACUUUGCCAGACGGCUCAGAGAGGCUGAGUCACUCUGCUGAGUUCACAGGGAUGACCCGGCAGGACGCCUUUCUAGCCCUGACUCAGGAAGCCCAGGGGAAGAGAGUGGGUGGAGACCUGACAAGUGAUAAGCUGAAGGACUGGCUGAUCUCUCGGCAGCGCUACUGGGGCACGCCUAUCCCCAUUGUCCACUGCCCAGCCUGCGGCCCAGUACCUGUACCUGUGGAGGACUUGCCCGUGAUCUUGCCCAGCAUCUCGUCCUUCACUGGCAAGGGAGGCUCCCCACUGGCCUCAGCUUCGGAGUGGGUGAACUGCUCCUGUCCCAGGUGCAAGGGAGCAGCCAAGAGAGAGACCGACACCAUGGAUACCUUUGUAGACUCUGCAUGGUACUACCUCAGAUACACCGACCCUCACAAUCCUUGCAGUCCUUUUAGCACUGGGUUGGCAAACUACUGGAUGCCUGUGGAUCUGUACAUCGGAGGGAAAGAGCACGCUGUCAUGCACUUGUUCUAUGCCAGAUUCUUCAGUCAUUUUUGUCAUGAUCAAAAAAUGGUGAUGCACAGGGAGCCUUUCCAUAAGCUGCUGGCUCAGGGCCUUAUCAAAGGGCAGACGUUCCGCCUACCAUCUGGACAGUAUCUGCAGAGAGAGGACGUGGACCUCACAGGUCCUGUACCUGUCCAUGCAAAAACAAGAGAGAAGUUGGAGGUGACGUGGGAGAAGAUGAGCAAGUCCAAGCACAAUGGGGUGGACCCUGAGCAUGUUGUGGCUCAGUAUGGAAUUGACACCGUCCGGCUCUACAUUCUCUUUGCUGCCCCUCCCGAGAAGGACAUCCUGUGGGAUGUCAAGACCGAUGCGCUUCCUGGAGUGCUGAGAUGGCAGCAGCGUCUUUGGUCCGUGGCAACCAGAUUCAUUGAGGCCAGAACUUCUGGAACAGUUCCCCAGCCCCAGCUGCUGAACAACAAGGAAAAAGCCGAGGCUCGCAAGCUCUGGGAGUACAAGAAUUUGGUCAUCACUCAGGUGACCUCCCAUUUCACAGAGGACUUUGCACUGAACUCUGCGAUUUCUCAGCUGAUGGGGUUGAGCAGUGCCCUUUUGCAAGCAUCUCAGAGGGUUGUCCUCCAUAGCACUGAAUUUGAGGAUGCUCUGUGUGCCCUGAUUGUGAUGGCUGCUCCCAUGGCCCCUCACAUAACCUCAGAGCUCUGGGCAGGUCUGGCAUUGGUACCAAGGAAGUUCUGUGGCCACUAUGCCUGGGACACUGAAGUGCUGCUUCAAGCAUGGCCCGUUGUGGACCCACAGUUCCUCCAACAGCCUGAUGUAGUAGAGAUGGUCAUCCUGAUCAACAACAAAGCCUGUGGCAAGAUCCCUGUGCCCCAACAAGUUGCCCAGGACCAGGAAAAAGUUCAUGAACUAGUUCUCCAGAGCGAGCUGGGUACCAGGCUGUUGCAGGGGAAAUGCAUCAAGAAAGCCUUCCUCUCCCCGAGGACAGCUCUUAUCAACUUCCUGGUGCAGGAAUGACUGAGGGGGGUCACUGACAAGGAGCCUCCUUUUAGGCCCAGGGUGUCCAGCUGCAUGGAAGGAUGGAUAUAGCUAGGGGAACACUUGUUCCCUUGAGUAGAACAAAAUCCAAAGGAACGGCAGCCCCAGGAAAUCAGCGAGGUGAGAGGCUUUCCUUCCUGCCUUAGAGUAUAGGUGUAGGUAACAUCAGACUAUGCUCACAUAUGCCAAAAUGGGCUCCAAGAAGCUGUGACCUGCUUGAGACCGGGACAGUAUGACAAACUCCCUAACCAUUCCCUGUCUACCCCCACCCAAGCUCAUUCCCCUUACAGCACUCCUUCCACAGUGCAGGAGCCUAGUGCUGCCUCAAAGCAACACGGGUGGAAGUGCCCCUGAGUGGGGAACAGCCGCAACCCAUAGUUUUUGGGGGGAGGAGGCAAUGAAAAGUGGAUUCCCUUCUUUCCUGUGAGAAGAGCAAUCCUAAGACAGCUGCUUUGUAGGCUGGGGACCUGCCUCAAGCUAAAUGGGCUACCAAAGGCUCACAACCAGGCAGAUGAGUUUAGGAAGUGGAAUCCCAGUGACCAAUAGCAGAGGGAGUGGGUGGUGACUGCAUUGACAGGCAGUUGAGGACAUACCAGGCCUAGAGGCAGCUACCUCAAACCCAAAAAGGCCUGUAACCACCCAGAGCUGACCUGGCUGCUGGCCUCCAUCACCCUAGGCUGCCCCCUUGGAAGAGGAAAGAGGGAGGUGCAGCAAUAAUGAGGCCCUAGAGGGGUGGAGGUGGCCAGACCUGUUGGAACCGAACACCUAUGACUCACCUCCCUGAACUUCAUUCCCUGAACUUAAAUUCCAGUUCUCAUUUGGCCUUCGGAUAACCACAGCUAAGCCAGACACCAGUAGUAGGAGCGGCAGGCUAUGAUCCCUAACAGCAGCAGUAAAGUUCAUCCUUUACUGAGGACUAACUGUGCUAGGCCCUGCCCUACCGUAACAUUCCAAUCCUUGCUCAGUAACAUACAUGAGAAGGUGACAGAGCCUUGGUUCCAACCCUGCUCUGCUAAUUCCUUCCAAGGUCCUGCAACUCUUGGACUCAGCUUCUCUCCUGGCUUCCAAGCCACCCUAGAGCAUGCCAAACCCAUAUGCCC